UUUUUUCAAAAAAAAAGAAAUCCUUUAUAAUAAUUUAAUGAAUAAAUUUUAACCAUCCUUUUAUCUAUCAAGAUAUUACGAAUAUUAUAUUAAAUACCUAACGUAACUACCUUAAUAAUAAAAUGACUUCACCAUCAUCAACAAGUCCAACAAAAACAAAUCGUCCUCCUUUAAGUUCAUAUAUAAAACCUCAUAAAAAUAUUACAUUUUCUUAUGAAUCUGAUUCGGUUUCUUUUCAACAAGGAACUCUCGGUGAUACGGAUAGUUUCUUGACUGGUGUUUUACAUCUCAGUUAUCAAAAACAACAUCAAAUCAAAAGUGUAAGUUUACACUUAAAAGGUGCCGAAAGGACAUCAUGGCAUAAAGCUCAAGCGAGAUCAAAGGCUUUAUACACUGGUGAACAAAUUCUUGUUGAUCAGCCUUACAAGAUUUGGGAAUCCGAAGAAGAGGUUCAAAUUCUUCACCUUGAUAUUCCUUUUAAGGUGAAAUUACCUUAUAAUCUUCCUGAAACGAUCGUAUCAGAAAUUGGUACGGUAAAUUAUACUUUACGUGCUAUUGUAAAUAGGAAAGGAAGUUUGGUCUCUUCUACAACUCAAUCUGUUGAAAUUCAAUGUCCUCUUAAAAGAACCAUAUCUUUAGAUAAUGCAAAUUCUACUCCUUAUAAAUUAAGAGGAGAAUCUAGAAGUGGUUUAGAUUAUACUUUUGUUUUACCUCCAAAUAAAAAUUUUAAUUUAGGAACUUAUGUUUCUAUACCAAUGAGAAUUCGUUUCUUAAGACCUGGUAUAAGUGUUGAAAGGGUUGAAAUUGCUUUAAAAACUUGUAUGGAUUUUAGAUGUAAUAAUCCAAAUGAAACUCGUCAUGUUAAGGAACAAUCAGCUUUUCUCGUGAUUCCAAGACAAGAGAUUAGAUAUUUACAACCUCUUUCUCAUCAUUAUGAAGGAGAAUGUGUUCAUACUAUAAACUUAUUUUUACCUCGUAGUGUACAACCAACUUAUUCUGGUAGAUUUAUAAGUAUCACUCAUCAAUUAUGUCUUAAAUUUUGUUUAUGGGGUGCUGAUAUGGACUUUCAAAUUGAAGAAAGUGUUAGAGUAGCUAAUAUAUAUGAAAAAUUUCCUAAUGAACAACUUUCUUCUUCACCACCUCAAAUUAAUAGAAAUUUACUUUCACCUUCACCUUAUGAUUCUUCUAAUAAUAGUAAUAAUAGUCAUUAUUCUCCAAAUCAAUCAGUUUAUGAUCCUGAUGAAAUUAGUAUUGAUAUAAGGGAUAAGGAUAUUAUUAGUAUUAAUAAUAUUAUUAAUAAUAGUAAUAAUAAUAGUACUAAUAUUAAUAAAAGUAAUAUUAAUAAUAAUAAUGAUCGAUAUUUAUAUUCUGAAAAAAGUCAUUAUGAAAUGAUACCACAACAAAUGAUACCACAACAACGUACUAGGAGACCAUCACUAUCGAGCGAAUUACCACCUCCAUUUCAUUAUCAUCCUGAAGGGUAUGCAAAAAAGUUUCCAUUAAAUAAUAGAAACAAACGUGAUUCUUACACUGAUUCUAUAGUUAGUAAUAAUAUUGAAGAAGAAUAUUAUGAUUUAUUGUUGUACAAAAAAAAGAUUGAAUUAGCUUUAUUACAUCAACAACAACAUCUUUUACAACAAAAAAACGUUUAUGAUAAUAUUCAAUACAAUUAUUCACGUGCUUCAACACCAUCUACGUCUUCUUCCAAUUCCCUUCACUCAAAUCUUAGUCCGACCGUAGCACCAAAAUCACCACCUAGACCACCACCUACUCCUAUACCACCGAUCUCCACACCUAAUCUUUACGAUGGUAUGCCUUCGCCCAAUCCUUCUCCUAAUUCAUCAAAAUUACCGCCUUAUGCUGAUGGACGAUCUCCUCCUAAUAACCACCAUAAUAAUGAGAAAGUACCUGUACGAUCUCCUGCUUCUCCUCCACCAUAUCGUGGACGUGGUCAUUCUCAAUUUGAAGCAUAUACUUAUAAUUUUGAUGACUAGACUUGUUAAAUAUUAUAUAUUAAUUAUUUUUUAUUUAUAGAUUUCAUUUUUAUUUUUUUGGAUUAUAAUAAUUUUCUUUUGUAUAAAAAUUUCCACCUGAGUGAUACUGAUUUUGUAUAUAAUUUUCUCUUUUUG